GGGCCUGACCCCCCCGGGCCAGCCCCCCCUCCCCCAGCUCCGCGGCCCGCCGAUUGGGGGGGCCCAGCCCAGCCCCCUGGGGACCCCCGGAGAGGUGGGGAGCAGCCGGGGGGGGCCGGGACGGAGCUGUCGCCGGCCCCCACCGGAGGGACGGGGCGACCUGCCGCCGGGGGGGCGGCCGGGGGGCCGGUCGGGCCGGGACCAAGGGCACCAUGUCGUCCGGGGCCAAGGAGGGGGGGCGGGGGCUCCCCCGCCUACCACCUCCCGCACCCACACCCACACCCACCCCAGCACGCCCAAUAUGUGGGCCCCUAUCGGCUGGAGAAGACGCUGGGCAAAGGACAGACAGGGCUGGUUAAACUCGGGGUCCACUGCAUCACGGGCCAGAAGGUUGCCAUCAAGAUCGUGAACCGAGAGAAGCUGUCCGAGUCGGUGCUGAUGAAGGUGGAGAGGGAGAUCGCCAUCCUGAAGCUCAUUGAACACCCACACGUCCUCAAGCUGCAUGAUGUCUACGAGAACAAGAAAUAUUUGUACCUGGUUCUAGAGCACGUCUCUGGAGGUGAGCUGUUUGACUACCUGGUAAAGAAGGGGAGACUGACACCCAAGGAGGCCCGGAAGUUCUUCCGCCAGAUAGUAUCGGCGCUGGACUUCUGCCAUAGCUACUCCAUCUGCCACAGAGACCUGAAGCCCGAGAACCUGCUUUUGGAUGAGAAAAACAACAUCCGCAUCGCGGACUUUGGCAUGGCGUCCCUGCAGGUGGGGGACAGCCUCCUGGAGACCAGCUGUGGGUCCCCCCACUAUGCGUGUCCGGAGGUGAUUAAGGGGGAGAAGUAUGACGGCCGCCGAGCGGACAUGUGGAGCUGUGGAGUCAUUCUCUUUGCCCUGCUUGUGGGGGCUCUGCCCUUUGAUGACGACAAUCUCCGCCAGCUGCUGGAGAAGGUGAAAAGGGGCGUCUUCCACAUGCCCCACUUCAUUCCUCCAGACUGCCAGAGCCUCCUGAGAGGGAUGAUCGAAGUGGAGCCUGAGAAAAGGCUCAGUCUGGAGCAAAUUCAGAAACAUCCCUGGUACCUGGGCGGGAAACACGAGCCGGACCCCUGUCUGGAGCCAGCCCCAGGCCGCCGGGUGGCCAUGCGGAGCCUGCCAUCAAACGGAGAGCUGGACCCCGACGUCCUGGAGAGCAUGGCUUCGCUGGGCUGCUUCAGGGACCGCGAGCGGCUGCACCGCGAACUGCGCAGCGAGGAGGAGAACCAAGAAAAGAUGAUCUAUUAUCUGCUUUUGGAUCGGAAGGAGCGCUAUCCCAGCUGUGAAGAUCAGGACCUGCCUCCCAGGAAUGAUGUUGACCCACCUCGGAAACGUGUGGAUUCCCCUAUGCUGAGCCGUCACGGGAAGCGGCGGCCAGAGCGGAAGUCCAUGGAAGUACUGAGCAUCACAGAUGCUGGGGGUGGUGGCUCCCCAGUGCCUACCCGGCGGGCCCUGGAGAUGGCCCAGCACAGUCAGAGGUCUCGUAGUGUCAGUGGAGCCUCCACCGGUCUGUCCUCCAGCCCUCUGAGCAGCCCAAGGAGUCCUGUCUUUUCCUUCUCGCCUGAGCCCGGGGCUGGAGAUGAGGCUCGGGGUGGGGGCUCCCCGACUUCCAAAACGCAGACGCUGCCUUCUCGAGGCCCCAGGGGUGGGGGCGCCGGGGAGCAGCCCCCGCCCCCGAGUGCCCGCUCCACACCCCUGCCUGGCCCCCCAGGCUCCCCGCGCUCCUCUGGGGGAACCCCCUUGCAUUCGCCCCUGCACACACCCCGGGCCAGCCCCACCGGGACGCCGGGAACAACGCCACCCCCAAGCCCCGGUGGUGGUGUCGGGGGAGCCGCCUGGAGGAGUCGUCUCAACUCCAUCCGCAACAGCUUCCUGGGCUCCCCUCGCUUUCACCGGCGCAAGAUGCAGGUCCCCACUGCUGAGGAGAUGUCCAGCUUGACUCCAGAGUCUUCUCCAGAGUUGGCAAAACGCUCCUGGUUUGGGAAUUUCAUCUCCUUGGACAAAGAAGAACAAAUAUUCCUUGUGCUAAAGGACAAACCUCUCAGCAGCAUCAAAGCGGACAUUGUUCACGCCUUCCUGUCGAUCCCCAGCCUGAGUCACAGUGUGCUGUCACAGACCAGCUUCAGGGCCGAGUACAAGGCCAGUGGCGGCCCAUCCGUCUUCCAGAAGCCCGUCCGAUUCCAGGUAGACAUCAGCUCCUCAGAGGGCCCGGAGCCUUCCCCACGAAGGGAUGGCAGCGGUGGUGGUGGCAUCUACUCUGUCACCUUUACUCUCAUCUCCGGUCCCAGCCGUCGGUUCAAGCGAGUUGUGGAGACCAUCCAGGCACAGCUGCUGAGUACUCACGACCAGCCCUCCGUGCAGGCCCUGGCAGACGAGAAGAAUGGGGCCCAGACUCGGCCUGCUGGUACCUCACCCAGAAGCCUGCAGCCCCCGCCUGGCCGCCCAGACCCAGAGCUGAGCGGCUCUCCCCGCCGAGGCCCCGCUAAGGACAAGAAGCUCCUGGCCACCAACGGGACUCCUCUGCCCUGA